AUGUUCAUCCUUACCAAUGCAUCCAGAAUCACAUUAGUUAGUGUUGCAGCGCCGAUAGGAGGUGAUAUUGAUAAAGAGUUAUACAAAAAGGCCAUGGUAAUGCGAGAACCUAAAGCUAAUAAAGAUGUUAUUGUUUCUGACUUGAUCAGUGGUAUUGUGGUGACAGAACGUGGAGGAAGUCAUCACUUCUCCUACACAGGACCUACAUCAGGAUCACGACUAUCACCACUAGGAAUCUGUGUAGACGCACUGUCACACAUCCUGGUGUCUGAUACUAAAAGCAAAACAGUUCAAAUAAUUGACAAAGACGGUCGGUCACUUCUUAUCACUCUUCCAAAAAUAAACAAGAAAAAUGUAUUAGGAAGUCUGGCUUAUGACAACAAAAAUCAGCUUCUCUUGGUUGGAAUAAGAGAUUAUAACAAAAGAGUGGAUGUAUAUAGAUACAUAAAGAGAAAGGACUAUCUCACAGUCAAACAACAUGACUAA